UUUUUUUACUUGACAAUAUACUGUAGUUUUACAUACCGUACAAAAAGAUGCCUUAAUAAUUAUGAUAAAAUAAACAUCUGUCAAACGCUUAUAAAUAAUGUAAUGUUAAUUUAACUUUUAUAUAUGUCCGAAUAUUUUAUAAAAAGUCGGCAGACAUGAUUAAAUAUAUUUAAACUGAGAUCAUAUGCAAAUAUUUUACAAUACCUCUGUUAAGGUAAUAUAUAGCAUAUCUGUAAGCACAUAAUCAUUUAGCGUUGUUGAUUAAUAAUUAAUAAGUAAAUAAUCACUCGCUGAACACUUGAAGGAACGGCUUGGCUGAACUAUGUGAUGUUUUAAUUUUUAACCAGGCAGGUUUGUGUCGGACAGUCUCUCUGACAACCACCGACCGCUUCGGCACAAAUCUGUACGCGUUUCAAAUUAUGCAUUUGUGAAUUUAAUUCAAGUUAGAUGGUACUGUUCUGACAGACUUUGCAUGGUAGCUUAUGUUUCUUGCCUGUGGAACCAAAUAGAUUUCGUAAGUGGAUAAAAUGCCAAACAAGGCACAAGAGGAUGCGGUGAUCAAUAUGAAAUCUGUGCAGGAGACUGCUAAGCAGUUAGGGUUUGAGUGGACCGUUCUGGCGUUUGAGCUGGGAUUCACCAGAAGCGAAGUCAGGCAGUUUCACGCCACGUCCAAAGAAAAGAGGCUUCAGGCUCAGAGAAUGCUGGAGUCGUGGUACGAGCGCUCCUGGGACAAACCGAACAAAACCAAGCUCCUGCAGGACGGUCUGGAGCGGGCGGGCCGUCGAGAUCUGGCCGAGAGGCUGCGCUGUCUGCACUGGGGUCACCAGAAGCUCAGCCGCAGAGUCGAGCUGCCCUCCGCCUUCCCCUUCAUCAUUACCGUCCACAAGACCAUAGACAACAAGGACGCCUUGAGCAGGAUUAAUGUGCUUAAUCGCAGUUACAACUAACCCCUUUUGGCAAAGAUAAGUGAACUAGUGAACUUAGAUUUGAUUAUUUUUCAUUACAGCCUAACUGUAUUGACUGUAGUUUACUUCAAAUCUUAGAAAGACAGUUCUCAUAUUAGCUAACUGCAUUUCAGAUCAAUUUGAAUUAAAAUACAUUUUCAUUUAUUUGUAAUUAACAAAACAUUACACUCAGUUCACACUGUUCACGAUUAUAAAGCAUAUUUUUCCAUGAUAACGUCAAUUCAGUAUGUUAAUUUUAUCCUGCACGAUUUGAGAAUUACCAAAAACAUCUACGUGGCCUCAGACUAGACCAUAGGGUACAUAGAAGAAUAUCUAUGUAUAUAUUCAUUGCUUUUCUUUUUUAUUUUUACACACCUCUUGUUCUUCUUGUUACUACUUUCAUUCAAGUUCUAUAUAGUCUUCUAUCAUUCAAUCACAUAAUAUGUUUGCAUUUACCAUAUAUCCACAGUGCAUUUGCUUAUGUUUUGCUGUUUCGAUAAUAAAAAGGUCACAACUGUG